CACGACCUCAAUUCAGCCUACUUCGCUAUGCUUGGCCUUGGGAGGGCGAGCUCCGUCGUCUUUAACAAGUUCAAAGCUCCCGCUUCUCCCCAACCGUUAUUCUCUUCCCUCCGGAGCUCCAUCUCCACAACCCGUUCGCCGCCACGUCGCGCCUUGUCCACCGAGUCUCUAGACGACCUCUACGACUAUACUUCUGGGCGUUGGGUCUACAACGACGCUCUUCGUCACAAGGAGCGGAGGGUUGCCUUCGAUGUCGACGGGUUGUGUCGACUUGCAGCCGAGUCUAUUCAUCAAAGUCCUACGGAUGUCGUCACCAUAUCCAAGCUCGCUGAGGGCGGGUUCAACCGCACCUUCGUCAUCGGUCUGCACGAUGGUCGGCAGUUGGUUGCCCGGGUUCCCUACCCCAUGACGGUCCCUGACUACUACGCCGUCGCCAGCGAGGUGGCCACUAUCGAGUACCAGCGGUCCUGCGGGAUUCCUGUCCCUGAGAUAUAUGGUUACUCGGCGGACUCGAACAACGUCGCUGGAACCCCGUACAUUCUUAUGGAGUUCGUUCACGGCCCGAAGCUCAGCGAGAUCUGGCCCAGCCUCGGGGACGAGCAAGUCAUCUCCGUCGUCCGCCAGCUCACUCAGAUCGAAUCACGCAUGAUGUCACAGCCAUUCCCUGCUGGCGGGAGCCUGUACUUCACAGAAGACCUCGAGAAGGUUGCCCCAGGGAUGGGCGUGCCUCUGGAGGACAAGCGUUUCUGCGUCGGGCCGGACACGAAGUUGGCGUACUGGUAUGGCAGACGGGCAGGCCUCGACGUCAAUCGAGGACCAUACAAUAGCGCCGAAGCAGCUCUCGCAGCAGCGGCGCAGAAGGAGAUUGCCUACCUAAAACGCUUCGGACAACCGCUCCUGCCGUUGCGGCGCGAAAGGCGGCCUAGCUACAAGUACCAGCAGCAGUCUCCGUCGGAUCACAUCGAGAACUUGGAGCGGUACCUCAGCAUCACGUCGUCGCUUGUUCCUAAGGACCCCGCUUUAAGUCGGUUCUGCAUCCGCCAUCCAGACCUCCAGCCGAACAACAUCUUUGUGUCAUGGUCGCCCGACCCGGGCUUCGACUGCAAAAUUGUCAGCGUGUUCGACUGGCAGCAUACCUCUAUUCUACCCGUGUUUCUCCUCGCCGGUAUUCCUGAACGCCUCCAGUACCACGCAGAUGGCGCGUCGCAGUCUAUGGCGCCGCCCUCUCGACCGGAGAACCUCGACAAGAUGAGCGAAGGUCGGCGAGCCCGCGAGGAAUAUCACUACCGUUGUCGCCUCGUUCACUAUCUCUACAUCACCAACACGAGGGAGUGCAACCCGCUUCACUACGCCGCCUUUACAGACCGCCUGUGCGCGCUCCGUAGGCGACUCUUCCUGUACGCUGGUGGCCCGUGGGAGGGUGAGACUUUCGACCUGAAGGCUGCGCUUAUCCAGGCCACGAACAAGUGGGAGGAGCUUACGGGUGGAGGCGUGCCGUGUCCCCUCAAGUUCGACUCCAAGGACUUGGAGAAGACGGCGAGGGUUGGCAAAGAACUGCGCGAAGCGACCACGGGCUUCGACCGCUUACAGUCCGUGCACGACGUCGGGGAGGAGGGCUGGGUACUGGUUGAGGACUACGAGCGUGCCGUGGCUUUCUUCAAGCAGUUCAAGGAGGAAGCGUUCGCCGGGGCUCAGUCAGCGAGGGAGCGGGAGGAGGUUAUGGGUCACUGGCCGUGGGACGACAUGGACGAGGAUAUGUAUAUGUAA